AUGGCGGCGCGAAAGCCACGGCUGCGACGGCAGCAAAACUCGUAUGAAGAGGAACAGCGUCGAUUGCGGGCCUCGUUUACUAUCGAAGGUCACCGACGUGCACCCUCUUUGGGGACUGCCGGGGCUCAAGACACCAUCUUUCACAGCAUGGAUCGGCCGACCGGCCGUGCAAGUCACCAGUACAGCAGCAAUCGAAGCUUAGCUUCCAGUGAAUACUUUGGUUGGUCGCCCACCGUCUCCUGCUAUCAUCUAUCAUGGUCGUCCUGUGUAGGCAACGAGCAUCAUGUGCCUACCGUCACUGCGGCGUUGGAGGGCAACGACAUUUCUCGGCUGCAAGAUGUGCGGGAGGAGAUUGAACGGGGCAAUCUUUCAGCUUUUGGUCCUCAAACUGACGAGGUUUUUCGACGCUUGGAUAAUCUGCGGCAGCAACAGCAAGCGCUGUCGCUGAAGCUGCAGGAGUUUGACAUGCAGCUUACUGAGCGACUUGAGGAGGACGAUGGCAGCGUUGAUGAGGGACGACAAACUUUCGAGUCUUUUGAGCACCGUGCAGGCCCCAGCGGAGAUGAGUUGAUGGGUGACCUACACAAACUGGCUAGCAGUUUGCGGGACUUUGGACAGUUUACCGUCACAACAGCUCCAUCACAUCGACCUUCAAUCGACAUGACCCGACCAUCUGACGAGCUGAACAAUGACCGUGCAUCUCCACGAAUGCUGCGGCGCGGUGCAUCUCAACCAAGCAUUGGUGAGAUCGGUCGCAGCCAACCACUACAGCACCAAUUUCUACGCGAAGACGAAACCCAUGUCAGCAUGCCCGAUAUGCACAGCGACAUCUCCCCAUGA